AUGAUAGAUACAUUAAAUGAAUAUGUAUCUCCCAAUAGAUUUAGUAUCUUAGCCUACGUAUGUGUGAUUAUUCAUUUCCACUGUGAAGUUAUAUUGACAGCAAUUACAACAGCUUUGAGACUCGGCGAGACGGAAAAGUUCAGUUGUGCUGUGGACACAAAAUUUGCAACGCACAAGACAUACGUGGAGAAAACGUGUAUCUCAAUCUACGACGACGCUUACAACUCUCCCGUGAGAUUCUCUGCUUUCAUUCCGUUGGGUUUUGUUUCUGUAGUUGUUGUCAGUGUUAUUUAUUCGCUUGCUGUUGGCAAUCGCAUUGAUGAAACAGAAAGAUACUCAACCGGAAGUGAUAAAUCUGAAACAAACAGUUUUGGGGAACAUUUGUGUCUGUAUGUAAUGUCAUUUUUGGCAUAAUUACACUGGCAGAAGUGGUUUAUCUUUAUAUAGGGUACCAAUUUCCUUGUUUCAACACUCGAUCUAAUGUAGUUUGGUGAUGUGAUUCACAAUUUAUUACUGAGUAUUUUCUUCGAAAGGAAUGCAUUCCUUCUGAGGAUGACAAGUUCACUGGCGUAUUAAGCAGCACCAACAUUUACAAGGAAAAAGUAAAAAAUGCUUCUCUUACACCUGACAUAAAUUAUGGACCAAACACAAGUUUGGAUGACAUGUUUAUUGAUGUUGUUAUUCAAACUGAACGAGCACCACACAAAUUUCCCAAAAGCAUGAAGAGGCAUGAAAUUUAUUAUGUUUAUAUGAAAGUUUCUAUAUACUCAAUACAUCUGAAAGAGAUAAAAGAUUUAUUUUAUCCCAACAAGGAUACCAAGGGCAAUUCCCCACAUACCAUCUUGGCACUCGGACGACCGGGAAUUGGAAAAACUGUUUUGACCAGAAAAAUUAUGCGAGAUUGGGCAAACCGAAUUGAUGCAUUUUAUCAUAUGGUAAGAUUGCCUUUCUCUUCAAAUUUAGAUGGUUUCAUUGUGAAAAGUUGCAAAAUGUAACACUUAAGAAAUUUCUUCAGUUUGGAACAGAACUAAGCGAAGACGAAUUUGAAAGUGCUUUUGAAGAAAUAUGGAAAUGCCCACAAAAUGCUAUUUUCAUUUUUUAUGGUUUAGAUGAAAUUGGUGGCAAUCUUGCAAAAUUUCAUGAUUUCCUGGACCAGUCAAGAAUGUUCCCCAAUAACCCUACUAGUUCCAUGACAGCAAUGUUUCUUUUUAUUAAAAUCUUGUCUGGCCACAUGUUACCUGGAGCAAAAGUUUUGGUAACAAGCAGACCGGCAGCCAACAAUGUUUACUCAAGGCUUGAAUUUGAGCGAAAAGUUGAGAUUAUCGGAUUUACCUCAGAUAAAAUUGAAAAGUAUGUCAAACAAUUCUGUGCUAAUCAUUAAAAAGAUGACCUGAAACCAAAGAUUUGGAGUCAUAUAAAAUCAUCAGAAAUAAAGAACUUGUGCUACAUUCCCAUCAAUAGUUUUGUAGUAUGUGUAACUUUGUUAAACUGUCUAAGUGAUCCAGCCAAUGACAAUCCGUUACCUACUACACUGACUGAACUGUACCAGGCAGCGUUAGUUUACUUCUAUAAGCAUCAUGAUCGAAAUGAAAGCAAAGAGUGUUAUCAAAAGGUUAUUAAGGAGCUCCAACAGUUGGCUUUCAAUGGUGUAAAAAAUGACCAACUGAUUUUUGAUGGCGAACUGGUGAAUGAACAAAUGAAAGAAUCAGGAUUGUUGCAUUGUUUACCUGUCUCCUUCUUUCAAAUUCAAACUCAA